AACGCGUCGCUGACGUCAGCCGCCGCCUGGGGGCGCACAAAGCGUGUCCCACGCGAGUGACGUCAGUAGAGGUGGUCCGGUGGCUCCGGAUCCACCCCCGGACGUCGCGUGUCGUCACGAGCGUUCCGGAAGUAUCCGCACGUGUGAUUCCCAACGUGAUCCUGGACCUUCUGGCUAGGGGCAGGUGGUCGCAGGAACCAUGGGUCGCUCCCGCCGGACGGGUGCACACCGAGCGCACUCCCUGGCUCGCCAGAUGAAGGCGAAGCGACGGCGGCCGGACCUUGAUGAGAUUCACCGCGAACUGCGGCCCCAGGGCCCCGCACGAGCCCGGCCAGACCCUGUCGCCGAGCCCGACCCGGACCUGCCCGGAGGCGGCCUGUAUCGGUGUCUGGCCUGCGCGAGGUAUUUCAUUGAUUCCGCCAACCUGAAGACCCACUUUCGAUCCAAAGACCACAAGAAAAGGCUGAAGCAGUUGAGUGUGGAACCCUACAGUCAGGAAGAGGCCGAGAGGGCAUCGGGCAUGGGAUCCUAUGUGCCCCCCCAGCGUCUGGCAGUGCCUACACAAGUGUCCACUGAGAUCCCUGAAAUGGACACAUCCACCUGAUGUGACCAUAGACUGCAAAGCAGAGGAACUUCCUGCGAAGACUAGGCUGGGAAAGACUCUGGCUCCUGGGUUUGGGAAAUAAAUAGCCUCUUCCUGGUGCCCUCCGCCAAUAAAAGAACUGGACAUAGA